CCCCUUAGCACCGAUCGAGUUCAAGCUUAUCGCGACCGCCAGUGCAAGCGACGAAGACAUACCCCACCCUACCUUUCACCUGCCCCCCCAUAACCAUUUAGCAACCUACACCAAACAUCUUUACACUCAAGAGGGCCUCCAGUAGUCCAAGUCGCCAUCAACCUCCCCGUCCAUCGAUUCACCUGCGACAACACAUCAUCUUGUAUCGAUUCGACGGAUUUCAAGAUGAACUUCCUCAGAUCAACUGCGGCCACUUUUCUCGACAAGUACACGCCUGUCAGCCAUACCUCGACAUUUCGCAACACAGGACAGAUCACGCCAGAAGAGUUCGUGGCCGCCGGUGACUACCUCACCUUCAAGUUUCCUUCGUGGUCAUGGGCCGAUGCCGAUUCACCUAGCAAGCGCCUCCCAUUUCUGCCACCCGGAAAGCAGUUUCUCGUUACACGACAUGUUCCCUGUCAUCGACGCUUGAACGAUGACUUUGCUGGCGAUGCGGGCCAUGAGGAGGCCCUCGUGGAGGGCAACAAGGGUGGUGCCGACGAUGACGGCUGGUUGCGGACCGGCAGCAUGACCAGCUCACAGCCCCUCAGGGUACGAGAGGUACGCACCGUCGAUGAUGCCGGCAACGUUGGCGAUAGAGAGGUUGUGGAUGAGGACGACAUUCCGGACAUGGAAGACGACGAUGACGAUGAGGCCAUCAUCCGGGCUGAGGGCGAUAACUCGAACAGGCAAGAUAACAUCUCCACUGGGAAGCGCACCUACACCCUCUACAUUACCUACGCCAACGCCUACAAGUGCCCACGCAUGUAUAUGUCAGGCUAUCUCUCCAAUGGGCAACCGCUCCCCCCUCAUCUGAUGAUGGAGGAUAUCGUCGGCGACUACAAGGAUAAGACAGUAACACUCGAAGACUUUCCUUUCUUCUCUCACAGCGUCAAGAUGGCCAGUGUGCACCCCUGCCGUCACGCCUCCGUCAUGAAGACGUUGCUGGAUCGGGCUGAUGCCGCUCUCAAGCUUCGCCGUGAGAAGAUGAAAGCCGGCCAGGGUUCGGGAAGCGAACAGGGAAUGGAGGGUCUUGUGGAUGAGAUCAACAAGUUGGACGUCAGCGGGGCGCAUGCGAAUGCCGUCGAGGCUGCUCCCGGCGAAGAUGCCGAGUGGGAGGAGGUUCCACAUGACGUCGCCGACCAGGAGGUGGCCAUUCGUGUGGAUCAAUACCUGGUGGUCUUUUUGAAGUUCAUUGCCAGCGUUACCCCCGGAAUCGAGCACGACUUUACCAUGGGUGUUUAAGUCAGACCGCAGCAUACAUCGUGUUAUUGACCUCGUUCGACAUCAACUGGGGCCCCUGGUAGCAUUUUCUCCUUUUUUGUUAUGCUCUUCAACGCGGGCAGGUUUGGGGUUGGGUAAUGGGGCAUUAUGGGAUAUGGAGUACUACGGAAUUGAUAAUUUGGCUGGCUGGUUCAAGAGGAACAACAAUACUCGAUCCUGGAAGUCGCUGUUGACGGUAUUUAGAACAAACACUAAUGUUUUUGACAAAGGAAAGUACAGGGCUUCUUCCUUAGUACUAUAUUUAUGC